AUGAAAUUUCCUAUCGAUUGAUGUUAAAUUUUUGUUAUUUCGCGCAAAAUUGACGAUUUUCUGAAUACUUAUAUUAUCCGAUUUUUUCAUACUAUAUGUGUCAACUUUAAACUAAAAAUACUCGAAAUCUUCAGUGAACACACAGGUAUUUUAAUAUAGCAAAAUGUUCGUAAUUUCUUCGUCUUUAAAAUGAGUGUUUAUCGAAAGCUCUACAUGCAACCGUUCAAAAGUUGUAGAAGUUUAAAGUUGCGAAAACAAUGCAAAAACCAACCGCGGAUGGUAAGUAUUGAACUUUGAAUUAGAAUUACUCAAAAUUUUCAACGAACACAUAGGUAUAUUAAUACAGCAAAACGUUCGUUAUUUUAUCCUUUUUAAAAUGGGUCUUUACCGAAAGCUCUACCUUCUACCGUUCAAAAAUUCUUGAAGAUCAAAGUUGCGGAAAAUGUUCUACAAUCAACACUAAGUGACUGAUAACAGUGAUAACACAAUUUGAACACUUUCCGCAACUUUGAUCUUCAAGAAUUUUUGAACGGUAGAAGGUAGAGCUUUCGGUAAAGACCCAUUUUAAAAAGGAUAAAAUAACGAACGUUUUGCUGUAUUAAUAUACCUAUGUGUUCGUUGAAAAUUUUGAGUAAUUCUAAUUCAAAGUUCAAUACUUACCAUCCGCGGUUGGUUUUUGCAUUGUUUUCGCAACUUUAAACUUCUACAACUUUUGAACGGUUGCAUGUAGAGCUUUCGAUAAACACUCAUUUUAAAGACGAAGAAAUUACGAACAUUUUGCUAUAUUAAAAUACCUGUGUGUUCACUGAAGAUUUCGAGUAUUUUUAGUUUAAAGUUGACACAUAUAGUAUGAAAAAAUCGGAUAAUAUAAGUAUUCAGAAAAUCGUCAAUUUUGCGCGAAAUAACAAAAAUUUAACAUCAAUCGAUAGGAAAUUUCAUUGUCUUUAGCUGGAAACUACUUAAAAAUUCACCCGAACCCGCGAACAAUCGAAAAAAUUGCAUUUUUUACACGUAAGAUUGUAUGCGUACAUACGUUCUAAUGUUGUUUACAUCCGUUGUGUCGAACCAAAAUGGCGUAUGCGUAUACUUCCCUAAUCUAGAACUUUAGAAAUCGGAAAUGGAAACUUAUGGGUGAGCUUGUCGUGCGGGGUAAAGGGAGGAUCGGAGGAUUGGCGGGAAUCACAAUGUUAUCACUUGGUAAACACCGUAUCCGUAUACCGGACAAAAUUGAAUUAUAAAAAUAAAAUACGAGUUGAAAAAAAAAAACGGCGAGACUUUCGUAUAGCUGCAUCGAAUUCUUUAAUACAAUCUCAAUUAUUUGAAGAAAUGGUUAAAAAUGAGCUCUCAAAUCGUCUGUACGGUCUCGGACUUAUCUUUACUACCAGACGUUGAAUUCGAACUAGCUUUCAAGCAAUCUGCGUUCGACUUGGUUUCGAAUUUUCGCAUCGGAACCGGCGAUACUCGUGUGCUCUCUAUUACCACUUUCGAACGAUUUUUCAGACUCGUCAAAGUACUCGAUAAUUCAGCCGAUGGAGAUAUAAUUCAAAACGCAGUUAGCGCGUUAGUUAGCGAAUUCUCGAAGAAUCUGAGCCAAGCCGAAGCUGAAAACAUCGAAGUAUUGAAAUGUCGAUUACAAGAGAACGUGCGUAUUCUAGCUUCGUUGAUCGUAUUGGUCAAUACGUUAUCUUCGAUACCGAAUUUAAACGUCGAAACCAUCAUUUCCGUACCCAAAGAUACCAUAUCUGUGCUGCUCUCAGGAUUCGAGUACUGCAGAAAAAGCUCAACUUCGGUCAACUUGUUGAACGACCAAAUAACGCAGUUGUUUAAAACAUGCUACACGUUCCUUCGAGACUACUUCGUGUUCAUCAACAAGCUACGAAUCAAUUGCCAGUACGAAUCUGAAUUCAAUUUAUUGACGGAAAUAGUCGAUAAAAUGUACGAGAUCGGUGCCAUAGUCAUAACGUUGGAUUUGAAAACCAUGGCCGAGUUAUGGAAAGGAUAUACUCAAGUGUUGAAGACUUAUUCUGCUCAUCUACGCAACGAAUUCGAUAUCUCGAAAAUUAUUCGGUUUCUGAUACGUCAUAUUACCGAACGAAUCACCAGUUUGGAUAACUCGUCCGAUGAUAAAAUAAUGACGUUGACUUUAAAAGUAUGCGUUUUCUUGCUGAAAAUAAUGGUGAAACUGUGCGAAUACUUCGAACAAUGUUUCGCUGACUGCUCUGGCGAGUUAUUCGAAUUCGCCUUAUUUUUACAUAAAUAUUCGCGUUUUCUUUGCGAAUUCUCCAAACUGGACGUUGAUCUGGCGAGUAAAAUAGAUACGCAUUUGGUACCCGGUGUCGAUCCACUUCUCAAUAUCUUAAUUACCGAUCGACAAUUCGCUAAGUAUUAUUUGAAUUAUAAUUUAUGCGAUAAAACGAGCUGGGAUAAGUCAGCGUUUCUGUUACUGUCGUCGUUAAUGUUUCGGAAACUUAUGGUGUGUUCGGACGAAGCGAUAAGUAUCUGGAUCAACGAUACCGAAUCUAGUAUUAUCCAUCGUACGUUUAAAAUGAUACGAGAUUGCGAUAAAGAACUAUAUUGCGAUAUUAAAGUACCCCUGUCGUGUUCCGAUGCUCUUCUGAGUCAAGAAGUUACCAUAUUUGAAGCGUUACUCGUCAAUUUCGCCAGUCUAAUUAUCAACGAAAUAUCUAACGAGAAGUUUCCCAUCGUUGAAAACUUACUGGUGGAGAAUUUGCUGAAUUCUACUCCUUCGGUGGCUCUGUUCGUCAGCGACCUGUGGUGUAUUUUGGCUAGAUACGGUAGUUCGGAAUUAUGCUACGAGCACGUUCGGUUUUUGAUCUCAGUCUGUAAUGAAAUACCCGAAGGAGAUGUCCGAGUAUUCGUGAAAUCGUUACUAGGAAGACUGUUCGGAUUUCUAUCGCUGAAUCACCAGUUACAAGUGAUAUCGGAGUUACCUCGAGAUGAGAAUUUCCUCAAUUGUUACAAUCGUCUGGGAACUAAAUUCAGAGAUCAAGUUUGUCAAAAAACGGUCGCAGAUGUAGCUAAUAAAUUCAAACACGUGCAGACCAACUUGAGACACAAAUUCGAGGGUGAAUCUUACACUAAAAUGAUCCAUCUGGUGAACUUGUUGUGUACUUUGGAGUCAGCUUAUUGGAAAGAUUACGCGAGUUUCGCUGUCGAAUUUGUUAUUCAGACUUGGAAAAGAUUACGAUCUCCCUUAUUGGCUGAAAUGACUUCGAAAGAUUUCCUAUCAGUGUUCGCAUCGUUAUUUCAUUUGAGUCGGAUAACGUGUAUUUUAAUCCCUCAUCUUGGCUGCUCCCAAGUGUUGGAAAUUCUGCGUUCGAUUCGGUACCUUACGGAUAACCAAUCGUUACGUGUUCAAUUAUGUUGUUUGAAAAUCUUGCAAGGAUUGCAGAAUCGCCAAAUCGAUUCGAACUUCGACGAGAUUACUAAUAAUAUCGCCGAUUGUUUUAAUCGUGGGAUUAAAAAUGAACACCCUGUGAUACAGCAGUUCUAUCUGGAUGGUUUUACUAGAUUUUCUCACGUUACCAAUUACGAAAUUAUAAUUUCGUUGACUGUAUCGAAAAACAAACUCGUAUCUGAACGAGUAGCUCAAUAUUUGCAAAAGAAUCCGUAUCCUGUUUCGGAAAAGCAAACGUUCCAUCGGUUUCUCAGCAUAUUGGUAGAAAAAUCAUUGAAAAUGAAGGUUGUUGAAAGUAACGGUAUUGAUUUUAAUACCGACGAUGGAGAAAUAAUAUCUGCCAAAAGGAUCAAAUUGGAAGACGAUCUCGAUGAUACCAUCGUUCAAGUUGAAAAUUUACUAGAUAAGGUUUUCGAAUCUGUUCGAAAUAAGCGAAUUAAUCAACGACAGAAACAAGCUGUUGUGAAAAUGCUGCAAAAUUUAGAAAAGUGGAAAAAUUACGUGUAGUUUUGUUUAAUUAAAAUGUAUUAAUCGACUGUGAUUUUUAUUGAUAUGUUUAGCCUUGUGUUCUAGCAUGAGCUAGGUAAUGUAGUAUUUGUACUUUGUGUAGGUAUUUUUUAUCGUUAAUUAAUGAAUAGUUUUUGUGUAAAAAAAAACAACAUGGUUUUAUCGAAUGUU